UGAUAUACGAUACAUCCAACACAGCCCGCCAUUCCUCCAAGUGAACCCGUGAUAUUCCUACACGCCCCUUCGCGUCACAUACCGCGCACCCGCUCUACCAAUCCUUUAUCAAUCUCAGCGCGAUCUAGCCCCUCUUGGGGACAGCAGCCAUACAAUGUCUAGAGACAGAGGAGCAAUGACGCAAAGGCUUCGUACAGCGGGGGCCACCAGCAGCACCAGCACAAUUACCCAAGGGGAGACGACUGGCGGGCUGCAACAACAACACCAACAACAACGACAGUUUAUAAUAACAGGGCGCUUGAGGUUAAGAGCUGAGGCGGAUAAUACGGCGGAAACGGCAUCGGGGACGGGGACGGAUCAGGUUACUAGAAGGAGCAUACGCUGGGCGGAGGAUGUGGUAGACAAUGAGGGAUUGGGGAGGAAGAGUUCGAAGGUCUGCUGCAUCUACCAUAAAGCCCGGCCGGUAGGCGAAAGUAGCUCCGAAUCCUCGUCAGACUCUUCUUCAGACUCCGGUGACAGCGACAGCGACAGCGAUGCUGACACUGGCGAAGCCAGGAUGGCCAGUGGCCGCCUACCUGCUAACCGUAUGCAUUGUCACCAGCAUAGGCUGCACGAUACUAGCAGCUCUCAGCAAGAUGGACCUUCGGGACAUGAAGGGUGUGAUGACAGUCAUGCUGGGACCGAUAGCGACAACUGUUGCGAUAGCGGUAGCAGUGAUGCGAAUAAACGCAGGCAGAUACAGAUACAUCGUCAGCAUCGUCAGCGGCGGCCAAACGCGUAUGAGCGUAUGCCGAAGUUUCGCUCUAAGAAAAAGGAAUGAAUAUGGCAGUACGAUAAAGAGAAGGGCAAAAAGCAGGGAGGACUGCAGGGCAGUAGUCCGUCGCCGUCAAUUUUGAAACAUAUUUCCGCAAUUCAGUUUUCAAAAAGUUCCAGAGCUUUUUGCGAGGGACUCUGGUUAUUCUCUAAUAAGCCAUAUCCCUUCCCCCACCCCGCGGGUCUUCUUCUUUGCCCUUCCUACGGUUGACCAGUAAAUCCUCUGGAACUCUUUUUGCACCAUAUGUUUUCUUUUAUGGGACGAAUGAAUGUGUUAUGAUUUGCAUUGAUGGGUUUUUGUGUGCGGGGCGGACAUGUGCACAUACAGGCAUACAAACAAACAUGGGGAAUUGGCGUCCCCGUGAUUCUUUAGGUAGGGAGCAUUAUCCUCGUCUCCCUAUACGUUCUCUCGCUUCGUCUUUUUGUUUUGGUCAAGUACAAAGCCCCUCCUUGGUGGUUCAAGACCCCGUGUGCGUCGUAUAGCGCACCGAUAGAGUGAGUUAGAAAUACCAAUGUAUAUACAUACCAUUUUGAUGACCCCAGAACGAUCGAGGAUUUCGCAACUUUCUUCUUACUUUUUAUUUUU